AUGGCUGGGAACGAUGACCAUCUGGCAUAUGGACAUGCUCCCGGACAGUCUGACCGCGGUUCAGGGAGCGGCAGCACCAAGGGAUUUCUAGGAGACACUCUACGGACGUUCCGUAAUAAGUACGACAAGUACUCGCAGCAGCAUGGCCAGCAUGGCCAGCAAGGACAGUCAGGGCAACAAGGGCAGCAAUACCCAGGUCAGCCCGGGAACCAAGGUUCCAACCCUCAGGGCCAGGCACAGUAUCAACAGUAUCAACAGCCACCACCCGGCCAGCAAGGAGGUCAAUACGCACCAGAUCCUACCCACGGACAGAAUCCCCAGUACUACCAGGGCGCCGGCGGUGGUAAUAACAGUGGCGGCAAGCCUCCAAAGACUGACCUAGUCUCCGGUCUAUUCGGCAAGAUACAGGGCAUUGGCGCGGAGGUGGCACAGCGCAUCGGAUCUAACCUCGAUCCUCAUGCGUACGCUACAUACGGUGCUGAUACAGCUGGUGCCAAUGCGAAGAACAGAUACGGAAGCUUUGCACCCGUCCGACACCAUGGAGAUGCAAAGUGGUAUGUUGACGGAUGCAGCUACAUGUGGGCUGUGUCGAGGGCCCUGGAAACCGCAAAGGAAUCUAUCUGGAUUCUCGACUGGUGGCUAUCUCCAGAACUGUACCUCAGACGUCCUCCGGCUCAGAAUGAACAGUACCGUAUCGAUAGAAUGCUCCAGGCAGCCGCCCAGAGAGGAGUUCGUGUCAAUAUCAUUGUCUACAAGGAGGUUACCCAAGCACUGUCAUUGUCCUCAUCUCAUACAAAACACCAUCUAGAAGAUCUCCACGAGAACAUUGUCGUGUUCCGCCACCCAGACCAUUUGCCAGACAAGCAGACCGUACACUCGGAUGUGAUGUCUUCCUUGCAGAAUCUAACACUGAACGCUGCAGGUGUCUCGAAGCUGUCUAGCGAUGCGCUUAAAACAGUGUACGGCCUUAGCGGUGGCGUUGUUCUUUUCUGGGCACACCACGAGAAGCUCUGUAUCAUCGAUGGCAAGACUGCAUUCAUGGGUGGUCUUGACCUCUGCUUCGGACGUUGGGAUACAUAUCAGCAUGCUAUUGCUGACGUGCACCCAACUGACUUGAAACAGGCUGUUUACCCCGGCCAGGAUUAUAACAAUGCCCGAGUCUUGGAUUUCCAAGAUGUCGUUCACUGGGAGAACAACCAGCUGGACCGGAAGUCAAACUCCCGUAUGGGAUGGAGCGAUGUUGCCGUUAGCUUGCACGGCCCUGCCGUAGAGGAUCUGCGGAAGCACUUUGUGGAUCGCUGGAACUUCAUCUAUGAUGAGAAAUAUGCGGUUCGUAAAGUCCCACGGGUCUCUAGGCUCGAGCUCUACCGCCAGCCCAUGGGAAUGGGAGGACACCACCCCCAACAACAACAUGCUCAGGGAUCCUCUCCACCACCUCCUGGAUCUCAAGGUUACCAGCAACAGCAACCAGUUGGAGGGUACGGCUCCCAGCAGCAGCAGCCUCAGCAGCAACAGCAGCAGCAACCAGCUGGAGGGUACGGUGGCCAGCAGCAACAGCCGCAGCAGCAAGCUCAAGGGUCCCAAUCGCCUUAUUAUCCACCACCACCCCCUGGGCCUCCACCAGCUGCAUCUUCAACAACUGGUGGUGGUUACCAACCACAGUCGUCUCAGGCACCCUACUUCCCACCUCCACCAACCCAAGGUAGCCCUCCUCCCACUCAAAGCCGCGGUGUUGACGAAUAUCAUGAAGGUGAAAGUAGCAGCCGUGGAAUGGGCAUCAAGGAUGAAUUUACCGGCUUUGGAAACACCCUGCGUGCCCAGUUAGCCGGUCAGGUCCAUCGUUAUCAGGACCGAUAUCUCUCUGGAAAUGCUCCAGGACAAGCUCAAGGACGCUCUAAGACAGAAGUGUCCUGCCAGAUAGUCCGAAGCAGCUCUAAGUGGAGUAACGGCACUGAAACAGAACAUUCUAUUGCAGAUGCAUACGCCGCCAUCAUCCGGGAGAGUGAGCACUUUAUCUAUAUCGAGAACCAGUUCUUCAUCACUGCCACAUCUGACGCUCAGAAGCCCGUUAAGAACAAGAUCGGUGCUGCUAUUGUCGAACGUAUCCUUCGCGCUGCAAAGGCGGGCCAGAAAUACAAGAUCAUCGUCAUCAUUCCUGCCGUGCCUGGAUUCCCGGGUGACCUCCGCGAGGAUGGCAGCUUAGGUACUCGCGCAAUCAUGGAGUUCCAGUACUUCUCCAUCAACCGGGGAGGAAACAGCAUCAUGGAGGUGAUCGCCAAAGAAGGGUAUAACCCCAUGGACUAUAUUCGCUUCUACAACCUGCGCAACUAUGACCGUAUAAAUGCCAGUGCCAUUAUGCGUCAAGCGGAGAAAGAAAGUGGAGUGAAUUAUGAAGAUGCGAGAAAGCAACAUGAUGCUGUCAUGUCAGCAUCUAAGCCCUCUGCUUUCGACACCACGGCUGCAUAUCCGCAGUAUCAGCAAGCUGCUCAGCAUGUAGCUGCAACCAACCCACAGGCUGCUGUCGUUGGCCGAUGGGAUACCGUAAGCUCGUGCUACAUGCUUGGAGGCGAGGAUAUUCGCAACGUCCCGUGGGAGCACGACAACGAUACGUCCGAGAUUGACUCCUUCGUCACAGAGGAGCUGUAUGUCCAUUCAAAGCUUCUCAUUGCCGACGACCGUACGGUAAUUUGUGGAAGUGCCAACCUUAAUGACCGUUCUCAGCUUGGCGACCACGACUCAGAAAUUGCAGUCAUCAUCCAGGAUCCAACUGCAAUGGAGUCAAGGAUGAAUGGACAACACUAUGUCGUCAGCAAGUUUGCUGCCACCCUCCGACGACAGCUUUGCCGAAAGCACCUUGGACUGCUCCGGCCCCAGGACUACCAGCGCCCCGAUGCCAACUGUGAACCUGUCGGAGUUCCCAAUGAAUAUGACUUUGGCUCGCCUGAAGACAACAUCGUGGUGGACCCUGUUGCAGACACCUUCCAUAGUCUCUGGAACACACGUGCCAGACAGAAUACUGAGGUCUACCGAAAGGUCUUCCAUGCCGUGCCAGAUGACACCGUCCGUAACUGGAACGACUACAAGGAGUUCUAUGAGUACAACUUCCGCAAGCCAGACGGAAAAGAUGGAAAGCAAGAACCUCGCUACCUGCCCGGCCAUGUGAUCCGUGAUGAAUUCCCCGAAGGCGUGAAGGCUGUCAAGGAGGAGCUGGCCAAGGUCAAGGGAACCAUCGUGGAAAUGCCACUGAUGUUCUUAGCGGAGGAAGACAUCGCAAAGGAGGGACUGAACCUGAACUCCUUUACUGAAACCCUCUACACCUGA